AAUUACAUGUUUACCUUUAUGUGUUUAGGGCAGGUUUUGGCUUCCCCUCUAACGCGGGCCGCGCGACGGCGGGCGCUGGAGGAAGAAACCUAAGAGAAGACGCUCUUCUCUCGGGUCUUCUCCUCUUUUUUAAUGCAACACAGGAUAGCGGCCUCUUUUUGCCGUCUCCGCAGCUUUCCAGAAUUUGUAUUGAACGCGUGGUGCCGCAUAGACUAAAAUUGUCAGAACUGUCGAUGCCAAUUUGUGUGAAGAAGUUAGCUGCGUUGAGUCCUCUGCACUACCACUCGCGUUGCCUUCUCUACCACGCAGAAGCACAAACGGAGUUCCUUCUCCGAUCAGUCGAGCCAGAUACAUGCAUCUCAUCGAUCAAGCAAUGCAGGACCCUCCAAUCUUUGAAAUCUGUCCACGCCUCAAUGCUCAGAUCACAUCUUCACCUAAACCUCUUCUUCUCCACCAACCUCAUUGCUCAAUACGCCUCUCUAGGCUCCAUGUCUCAUGCCUAUUCCCUCUUCUCUACCUCCCAAUCCUCAGAUGGCUUCCUCUGGAAUGUAAUAAUCCGAGGCUUCGUCGACAAUGGCCUAUAUUACCGUUCCAUGCUUCUAUACAGAAAAAUGCGAGGGCUGGGCAUUCAACCUGACAAUUUUACAUUCCCUUUUGUUCUCAAGGCAUGUGGAUUUCUUCGGAAUCUUGAAGUCGGAGUUAUAGUUCAUGGUAAUGUGAUAGAACUUGGGUAUGAAUCAGAUGUCGUUGUUGGUAAUUCACUCAUUGCCAUGUACGGUAAAUGUGAGCGUCUUGAUAUUUCUCGGCUAAUGUUUGAUAAAAUGCCUGAUAGAAGUAUUGUCUCUUGGAGUUCGAUGAUUGGUGCAUGUGCACACAAUGCGCAUUACGAGGAAGGACUGUCGUUGUUCACACGGAUGUUGGAAGAGGGAAUCAGACCAAACAGGAUUGUUAUCUUAAAUGUGAUGGCAUGUGUAUUCAGAGAAAACGAGGCUGAUGAUGUUUGUAGAGUUGUGAUAGAUAGCGGAUUUGAUUUGGAUCAGUCAGUCCGAAGUGCAGCAAUGGGGAUGUACGCACGAUGUGGGAAAAUCGACAUUGCUCGAGGAUUCUUUGAUGAAAUCCUUGAGAAGGAUCUGGUGUCUUGGGCAUCCAUGAUUGAAGCAUACACGCAAGCUGAUUUGCCUCUCACAGCCUUAGAGCUCUUUAAACAGAUGUUAUCACAAAGAAUUUCUCUUGAUUCUGUCAUCCUUUUGAGUGUGAUUCAUGCUUGUUCAAAUUUAGCGUCUUUCCAGCAAGCACGUUUCAUUCACGGGUUUCUUAUUCGGAUCUUUAUCAAAAAUCAAAUAGCACUUGAAACUGCUCUGAUCGACCUCUAUGUGAAAUGUGGAAGUUUGGUAUAUGCUAGAAAAAUUUUUGAUAGGAUGCAGGAAAGAAAUAUAAUCUCGUGGAGCACCUUAAUUUCAGGAUAUGGAAUACAUGGCCAUGGCAAAGAAGCCCUCAAUUUAUUUGAUCAGAUGAAGGCCUCAAUAAAGCCUGACCAUAUUGCAUUUUUAGCUGUGUUGUCAGCCUGCAGUCAUGGCGGUUUGAUUGUGGAAGGAUGGGAGUGCUUCAAUUCCAUGAGUAGAGAUUUUAAAGUUACACCAAGACCUGAGCAUUAUGCAUGCAUGGUUGACCUCUUGGGUCGAGCUGGGCGACUAAGUGAAGCCCUUGACUUUAUUGAGAGAAUGCCUGCAAGGCCAGAUGCUGGUGUCUGGGGAGCACUGCUUGGAGCAUGUAGAAUACAUUUAAAUGUAGAACUAGCUGAAGUUGCUGCAAAAUCUUUAUUUGAGCUAGAUGCAGAGAACCCUGGAUGGUACGUUCUCUUAUCCAAUAUUUAUGCAUCCUCUGGCAAAAGAAACAAGGCCCAUAGGAUUAGAGCUCUGAUGAAACAAAGAGGGGUGAGGAAAAUUGCAGGCCACACAAUUAUAGAGAUUAAGAACAAGGUUUAUACAUUUGUGGCUGGGGAUCAGUCACACCCACAAACUAAUUUGAUCUAUUCAGAGUUGGAGAAAGUGAUAAAUAGGAUUCGACAAGAAGGGUACACCCCUGAUCUGAACUUUGUAUUGCACGAUGUUGAGGAAGAGACGAAGGAGAAGAUGUUGUGCGUGCAUAGUGAGAAGCUGGCGAUUGUGUUUGGGCUAUUGAAUACAGGACCCGAUAGUGUCAUUAGAAUUAGGAAGAAUCUUAGAGUUUGUGGGGACUGUCAUACGGCUACCAAGUUUAUCUCUAAGGUUACAGGGAGGGAAAUCAUAGUGAGAGAUGCUCACAGAUUCCACCAUUUUAAUGAAGGCGCAUGCUCUUGUGGGGAUUAUUGGUGAUAAUUGUUAUGGGCUGAUUUCUAGUAUUGUAUUUCUUCUGUAGUUAAGAAGGGAAUGCUGUUGACUAAGAUUAGAUGGGGAUUCGAACAAGCAUGACCAAUAAAUAUGUCAGGUAGUCUGGAGAAACCUCUCAUGCCUCCUAGGAUGCUGGCUGGUCAGAUUCACCAUGUUUAAGAUGCGAUGAGAUACAUUCAACAUGACCAACUUAUUAAGAGAUUUUGUCUGUGGCAAACUAGAAGAAAUCUGUUGCAUCACUUGCAUGUAUUUGCCUCAGAAGUUGCAAAAUAUGGAAUAUUUAGGAUCCAAAAACUUUUAUAUCCUCGCAUGCCAUCUUGUGGGGACAAUACCUUCUUUCGAGAGCUUUUGCGAGAUUGGUGAAGCUGAGUCAAAGAGUGUUGAGUUUUCUGCUGUAUAUGUUCAACUUGGUUCAGUUAGUCUGUAGGUUUACGCUAAUUGUUCAUCUUUACCUGAAAUUCAUGAAGAUUUUCGUGGUCAGAUUGAACGAUCCCCUUGAGAAUUGAGCUCCAUAAAACUCAGAAGUAUGUGCUUCCAACAUCUGAAAGCCUGAUACUAACAGCAAAACCCGCAAAAUAACAUCAAUGGAGAGAGUAGGAUAUUGGAUUCCUGAAUAUGAUCAUUUUAUGCUCCCUGAUUUGAAUAAGACUUCAUUGGAGAAUUCUAAUAAACUUUUCCCACUUCAAUUGUGGUGAGAAGGUCCUGCAUAGAAGACAAAAUUGAGGAUCUGGUGGUCCUAAUGGAGUCAUCCAGUUUGUGAGUUAAAGGUCAGCAAUACAGAUGCAAAAUCCGAUAGCAUUAUAAUAUUCUCCUAUAAGGUGAAUGGAAGGUAAGAAUAUAGGGAGCAAGUCCUAAGUGAAUGAGAUCACUGUGUUUCUAAUGGUUCCUGAUCAGCAUCAGUCCCAGAGGUUGAAUAUCACUUUUAAGAAGACCCCAGCUCUGAAAAAGUUCUGUUUGGUGCUGGAAAUAAUAAAUGUCUCCCAGGGAAGUCAACUCUCUCGACUGAUAAAAAAUUAGUGCACAAGCAUAUGUUUCGCAGAUACACCAUACAGAGGAUGCAAUUUCAUGCAAAAUUGAAAGGUGAAUAUCUAGAAUUUUCUAGAGUGGUCUGUGAUAAAAUUUGGGGACUGACUUCUAAUUAGAAGCGGCAACAGGGCCCUUCCCAUCUACUCUUCACAUCUCUUUGGCAUUCCGGCUGCACUGGGACUGAGUUAUAAUGUUAUAUCAGAGUUCUUUGUUGGUCAUAAUGGGAUAAUGCAUAGUUGACCUUAGUUGAAUUAAAGACCUUUGUGACUAGAAAGCUCAGUUUUAGAACAUUAUCUUAUAUACGUUUCUCAUGUAGUACAAGUUUUUUAUUUUUAUUUCUUGGCUGCUGUAGUCUCCCUGUCAUAUUCUUUUUGGAAUAUCAUUUGUGAAUUUCAUAA